AUGCGUCAAUUCCUUUUUGAGAAAAUGUUCUACACAUGUUACCUUAUACCAGAGCAAUACAAGAUUAAUGAGUCGUUUCUGAUUGUUUCAAUCUAUCUAUCUAUCUAUCUAUCUAUCUAUCUAUCUAUCUAUCUAUCUAUCUAUCACGAUCUGUUUUUAUCUAUCUAUCUCAGUCGGUUCAUAUCUAUCUACCUGAGAAACUAUCUAUCUAUCUAUCUAUCUAUCUAUCUAUCUAUCUAUCCGGGUCUGAUUGAUUACAGCUAUCUAUCUAUCUAUCUAUCUAUCUAUCUAUCUAUCUAUCUAUCUAUCUAUCCCGAUCUCUUCUUAUCUAUCUAUCUAUUGAUAUCUUUUAUAUCUUCUCUUAAUCUAUCUAUCUAUCUAUCUAUCUAUCUAUCUAUCUAUCUAUCUAUCUCAAUUGAUAUCUUUAUGUCUUCUCUUAAUCUAUCUAUCUAUCUAUCUAUCUAUCUAUCUAUCUAUCUAUGUCAGUCUGUUCCCAUCUAUCUAUCUAUCUCAAAUUUUCUAACAAAAUGUUUUUUUUAUCUAUUUAUCUAUCUAUCUAUCUAUCUAUCUAUCUAUCUAUCUAUCUAUCUAUGUCCAUCUCUGUCUCUAACCAUCAGUUUAUUUCAUCUUUGGUAUAUAUUUUUGUCAUCUAUCCAUAUCUAUAUCUAUCUAUCUAUCUAUCUAUCUAUCUAUGCAGCAUUUUUUCAUUCAUACAUGUUUGUCGAUCUGACUCUAUUUUUCCUCUUUCUUUAUAUUUGUAAUACUUUGUUAUCUAUCUAUCUAUCUAUCUAUCUAUCUAUCUAUCUAUCUCUGCCCAUAUCUAUCUCAUCUUAA